GGUUCCCGCAUAAGGUUUUAGCGGUUCCAUCUCCGUCCCAACUCCAACCCUAACCCUAACCCUAUCUAUUUCGUCCCGAGAAAAGGGGCGGAGAGAUAAAAAUCUAGGGUUUCCUAAGCUCCUUAGGGUUUCGAUUCGAUAUGGCGCCGGUUCUCUGCAGGGGCUUGGGGGCGUCCUCUGCGUCGGCUUUUGUUCCUUCGUCUUCUCGAUUGGCUUCAAAUGCUCGUAGAGGAGUGGGGUUGCGGAGCUGGGUUUUGCCCCAUUCUUCGGUUCCUAGAGGUGCGUUUCAUCCUGUGGGUUUGAGAUGGAAGGUGGAGAAGAGGGAGAGGCGAAUGGUGGUGAGGUGCGACGCGGCGGUGGCGGAGAAAGAGGCCGACGAGGCUUCUGGGGAGAAGUUCGAGUACCAGGCUGAGGUUAGCCGCCUAUUGGAUUUGAUUGUCCAUAGUUUGUACAGCCACAAGGAAGUGUUUCUCCGCGAACUUGUGAGUAACGCAAGUGAUGCACUUGAUAAGCUGAGAUUUUUGAGUGUUACGGAUCCCUCUCUACUUGCUGAUGGUGGUGAACUGGAGAUUCGCAUAAAGCCUGAUCCAGACAAUGGAACCAUUACUAUCACUGAUACUGGCAUUGGAAUGACCAAAGAAGAGCUGAUUGAUUGCCUCGGGACUAUUGCUCAGAGUGGUACCUCUAAAUUUUUGAAUGCUCUCAAGGAGAACAAAGAUGUUGGUGCAGAUAAUGGUCUUAUCGGUCAGUUUGGUGUUGGUUUCUACUCAGCUUUUCUUGUUUCAGAGAAGGUUGUGGUGUCAACUAAGAGUCCAAAAUCAGAUAAGCAAUACGUAUGGGAAGCUGUAGCUGACAGUAGCUCUUAUGUCAUUAAAGAAGAGACUGAUCCUGAGAAAAUGCUAAAACGUGGAACUCAGAUUACCCUCUUCUUAAGGCCUGAUGAUAAGUUUGAGUUUGCGGAACCCACAAGAAUCCAAGAAUUGGUGAAGAACUACUCUCAGUUUGUAUCCUUCCCUAUAUACACAUGGCAGGAGAAAUCAAGAACAGUGGAGGUUGAAGAGGAGGAAUCACCGAAAGAAGGUGAAGAGGCAAAAGCAGAGGGUGAAACGAAGAAGAAAAAGAAAACCGUCACUGAGAAGUACUGGGACUGGGAAUUGGCCAACGAAACAAAGCCUAUAUGGAUGCGAAACCCGAAAGAAGUUGAGAAAGAAGAAUACAAUGAAUUUUAUAAGAAGACCUUCAAUGAGUUCUUGGAUCCUCUUGCAUACACUCAUUUCACCACAGAAGGUGAGGUUGAAUUUAGGAGCGUUCUUUACAUUCCAGGAAUGGCGCCUCUUAACAAUGAGGACAUUGUGAAUCCCAAGACAAAGAACAUUCGCUUGUAUGUCAAACGGGUGUUCAUCUCUGAUGACUUCGAUGGCGAGCUGUUUCCUCGGUACUUGAGCUUUGUGAAGGGUGUUGUGGACUCGAAUGAUCUUCCUCUCAAUGUUUCUCGUGAAAUUCUUCAAGAGAGUAGAAUUGUAAGAAUUAUGAGGAAAAGACUUGUUAGGAAGACGUUUGAUAUGAUUCAAGAGAUUGCUGAAAAGGAUGACAAGGAGGAUUACAAGAAAUUCUGGGAGAACUUUGGGAAGCUUAUCAAACUAGGUUGUAUUGAGGACUCUGGAAAUCACAAACGCCUUGCUCCUCUAUUGCGUUUCUACUCCUCGAAAAGUGAGGAGGAUUUGAUCAGUUUGGAUCAGUAUGUAGAGAACAUGGGUGAGAACCAAAAGGCCAUCUAUUACUUGGCCACUGACAGCCUGAAGAGUGCCAAAACUGCUCCGUUUUUAGAAAAGCUGGUCCAAAAAGAUAUUGAGGUUCUCUACCUCGUGGAGCCAAUUGACGAGGUUGCUAUUCAGAACUUGCAAACCUACAAAGAGAAGAAGUUUGUCGAUAUUAGCAAGGAAGAUCUUGAAUUGGGUGAUGAGGAUGAGGUGAAAGAGAGAGAAAACAAGCAGGAGUACAAUGUGCUGUGUGAUUGGAUAAAGCAGCAAUUGGGAGAUAAAGUAGCGAAAGUCCAGGUCUCUAAGCGGCUCAGCUCUUCACCUUGUGUUCUUGUUUCUGGGAAGUUUGGAUGGUCAGCAAACAUGGAAAGGCUGAUGAAAGCACAGACUCUUGGUGAUACAUCUAGCUUGGAGUUCAUGAGGGGAAGAAGAAUAUUGGAAAUCAAUCCAGAUCAUCCUAUCAUCAAGGACUUGAAUGCUGCGUGCAAGAACGAACCCGAUAGUGCUGAAGCUAAAAGAGCUGUCGACUUGUUGUACGACACAGCCUUGAUCUCCAGUGGAUAUACUCCUGAUAGUCCAGCUGAAUUGGGUGGUAAGAUUUACGAGAUGAUGGCGAUCGCCCUCGGUGGAAGAUGGGGGAGAUCGGAUUCCGAGAACGCUGAAUCCAAGGAUGCUGAAGAAACUGCGGUGGAAUCUACGAGUGAAGAAGCGGAGGUGAUCGAGCCCUCGGAAGUCAGAGCUGAAAGUGAUCCAUGGAAGGACUAGUGUCUCUUUUUCUUUUUUUGUUGUUUUUUCUUUGGUAGAGAAUAAUAUAUUUGAGGGUGUGAGGCAAUGAUUAUAGGCAGAUGGAGCUGGGAAAAUGAUUAAAACUGUGAAAUACAAAGUGGCCUUUGCUCAACUAAUUUUGGUGGGCUUAAUUAGGUAAUUGAUAGGGAACGAAGUAAUUCAUUAUUAUGGAACUGUAUUUUUGUCUUGUGCAGUUCUAUUGGGAUGAGUUUGAGUAAAUUGCUUAUUUUCCCUACUUUCGAGAA